AUGUUUUUAGCCGCAGUCACCCGACUGCGGUUUCACCACAACAAGGGCAGCAUGUUCAGCGGGAAGAUCGGCGUUUGGCCCUUCGUGGAACAAGUCGUUGCCCAGCGAAAUAGUCGCAAUCGCCCCAAGGGAACUGUGCUGUUGGUGCCACAAGCCGUGACGGCUGAAGUGUAUCGCACAAUGAUUUUGGACAAGGUUGUCCCUGCGAUUCAAGCCAAAAUGCCCCAACGAGUUCAGGUCUUCCACAACAACGGCCAGCUUGUUCGCGAACUUGGUUUUGCAGGUAAGCAGUCGUCGGGGGAGGAAACCAAUGUGGCAAAACUGCUCCACUCCAACAAUCUUGUACACCUUGAUUGCUUCUUGGAGUUGGUCACCGUGCCCCCGCACUACCUCGCAACGAAACACAACCACGUCGUCGACUGA